AUACUAGUACUCAAAAAGAAUGUCUUGACUUUUUGAGGAAAGUUCAAAUAAAUUGAUUAGGUGAAAAGUAUUUUUCAUUCUUUUAAACUUGGUAAGAGCAUUCAACUUGACAGAGCUCAUUAACCUGACCAACAUGGCAAAAUGCCUUGUUAAAAUCUUCUUCUUCUGCUCCUUGUUUGUCGUGAUCUCCGGUGCAGGAGACACCCUUCCUGCAAAUCAAGCCUUUGCUAUCAACGACACUAUUGUGUCAGCUGACGGUGUCUUUGAACUUGGUUUCUUCAGUCCUGGAAGCUCCAAGAAUCUCUACUUAAGCAUACGAUACAAAAAGGCGAGUCAGAUCACCGCUUGGCUUGCCAAUCGAGAUGCACCUCUUACGGAUGCUUUAGGCAGGCUAACGCUAAGUAGCCAAGGCAGUCUUGAAAUUUUUGAUGGGAGAGAUACCAAAAUUUGGUCAACAAACUCGACCAAAGCUUUGAAGAAUCCUGUGGCACAGUUAUUGAACACAGGGAAUCUUGUCAUCAGAGCAGCUGAUGAUCCUGAUCCAGGACAUUAUCUGUGGAAAAGUUUCGAUUUCCCUGACAAUACUUUAGUACCAGGCAUGAAGAUCGGAAAAAACUUGGAAGAUGGCAUAGUUUGGUCCUUCAAUUCUUGGAAAAGCACUGAUGAUCCUUCUCUAGGAAAUUUCCAGGUUAAGCUUGAUAUCACUGGUUACCCGCAGCUAAUCCUAUUCAAUGGCUCGUCUACUCUCAUCCGGAUUGGUCCCUGGAAUGGUGAUAGAUUCAGUGGUAUUCCUAGUUCCGGUCCAAAUAAUAUAUUUCGGGAUGAGUUUGCUAUUACAGGGGACGAGAUAUAUUAUAAGUAUGAGAUUGUGGAUAAUUCAGUGCUUAUAAGGACAACUAUAGAACCUGAUGGGAGAGUAAUCCGUUACACGUGGACUCGCGAAAGUAAUGUAUGGAAGGCAACUAUAUUUCUCCAGCCGGAUUACUGUGAUGAUUAUGCACGCUGUGGGGCAAAUGGUAUCUGUAACGUCAACACUCUUUGUAGGUGUUCCGAAGGAUUUCAGCCCAAAAAUGCAGAUGCCUGGAAAAGUUUAAAUUUUUCAGAGGGUUGCAUCCUAGCGUCAAAAUUGAAUUGCAGUGUUAGGGAUGAAUUUGUACCGCGGCCAAACAUGAAAUGGCCAGAUACAAGGAACUCGUCGUAUGACUUGAGCAUGAACCUUGGGGAUUGUAAAAAGAAGUGCCUCGAAAAUUGCUCUUGUACAGCCUAUGCAUAUGCAAACAACACUGAAAAAGGAGGUGGAUGCUUGUUUUGGUUCGGUGCCCUAAUUGAUAUCAGAGAUCAAGAACAGAGUGGGCUUGGUUUUUAUGUUAGGGUAGCUGCCUCAGACUCAGGUUCAAGUAACAGCUCUACUAGAGGAAGGCAAAUUGCACUGUUUGUACUUGUACCCAUUGUAUCAUUUUUAACAGUAAUACUUGUCUUCUAUCUGAGGCGUGUAUGCAAGAACAGGAAGAAAAGUGGAGAAAUGAUCGAGAAGGAGAUUGAUAAGGGGAGGGAUGACUUACCAUUGUUCGACUUCAGAACUAUUGCUAAUGCCACAAACAACUUUUCUGACGGUAAUAAGCUUGGGCAAGGUGGCUUUGGACCUGUCUACAAGGCUAUUCUGGAAGACGGGCAGGAAGUAGCUGUAAAGAGGCGUUCAACAUGUUCGACACAAGGAAUAGAAGAAUUCGGAAAUGAAGUGUCCUGCAUUGCAAAGCUUCAACACCGGAACCUGGUUAGGCUUCUUGGUUGGUCCACCACUGAGGAAGGAGAAAGGUUGUUGGUAUAUGAAUAUAUGCCCAAUAAAAGCUUAGACUACUUCAUAUUUGGAGAUAUGAAACAGAGAGCAUCACUAGACUGGCCUAAGCGUUACAAGAUAAUAAACGGGAUCGCUAAGGGGCUGCUUUAUCUUCAUGAAGACUCCAGAUUAAGGGUCAUCCAUAGAGAUCUCAAAGCCAGCAACAUCCUUCUUGAUUAUAAUAUGGACCCAAAAAUCUCAGAUUUUGGCAUGGCGAGAAGUUUUGGAGAUACUGAGACUGAAGCAAAUACGGCAAGAGUGGUUGGAACAUACGGUUACAUGGCCCCGGAGUAUGCCAUUGAAGGUGCAUUUUCUGUAAAAUCGGAUGUUUAUAGUUUCGGUGUACUGGUAAUAGAAAUUCUGAGUGGGAAGAAAAGCAGAUUCUUUAAUCAUCCGGGACACAACCUUAAUCUUAUUGGCCAUGCAUGGACGAGUUAUAACGAAGAUAGGCUUUCGGAACUAAUUGACGUGUCAAUCCCAAAGACAAGUGACCGAUCUGAAGUUUUUCGAGUAUUUCAGAUAGGGCUAUUAUGUGUUCAACAAUAUCCAGAAGACAGACCAAACAUGUCAUCAGUACUCAUGAUGUUAACAAGUAAAGUGUCGCUUCCUCAUCCAAAACAACCUGGUUUUUUCAUCGAAAGAAAAUUUGAUAAAGCUUAUAAUUCAUCAAGAAAGUAUGAAGCAGAUUCUGUGAAUAGCAUCAUUGAUUCGUCUUCAUCAAACCAGACUAUUACAAUUGUUUCACCCAGAUACUAUAAUCUACAAGUAUAUUCGACAGGGGUGAGCAUGAAACCAGUAAAUCUGAGAGGGCUUAUAAACAUGAGUAGGAUUACUAUAUGCUUUACUUUUAUCUUCUUCUGCUCAUUUUUCGUAGUAAGCUAUGGUGCAGGAGAUAUCCUUUCUGCAAAUCAGACCAUCAAAAGCGGAGAAACGAUUGUCUCAGCCGGUGGUGUGUAUGAACUUGGUUUUUUUAGUCGCGAAGGCUUAAACAAUAUUCAGUACCUGAGCAUAAGGUACAAGAAGGCAGGUCAGGUCAUUGCAUGGAUUGCCAAUCGAGAUGCACCCCUUGCUAAUGCAACAGGCUCACUCACGCUAACUAGCGAGGGGACUCUCCAACUUUUUAAUGGCACAAACACCGUUAUUUGGUCAUCAAACUCCACAAAAUCCUCAAAGACUCCGGUGGCACAGUUAUUAGACAAUGGAAAUCUUGUUGUCAGAUCAGGGAAUGAUCCUGCAGGUACUAUUCUUUGGCAAAGUUUUGAUUUUCCUGACAAUGCAUUCCUGCCAAGCAUGAAGAUCGGAAGCAAGAUAGGGAAGAACUCAGUACCCGGCCUAGCUUGGUCCUUCAAUUCUUGGAAAAGCGAUGAUGAUCCUACUCCUGGGAGUUUCCAUGUUAGACUUGAUAUCAGUGGUUACCCACAACUAGUCCUAUACAAUGGCUCGGAUAUAUUUCUCCGGGUUGGUCCCUGGAAUGGUAUAUCAUGGAGUGGUAUUCCUACUGCAGGUCCAAAUAAUAUAUUUGUGGAUGAGUUUCACUUUAAGGAGGAUGAAAUAUUCUAUAAGUAUGAACUGUACAGUAAUGCGUUACUCAUAAGGCUAGUCAUAGUGCCUGAUGGGCGAAUAAUACGUUAUACAUGGACUGAAAGAAGUAACAAGUGGGAGCCAGCUACGUUUGUCCAGGCAGAUUACUGUGAUGGUUAUGCAAUCUGUGGGGAAUAUGCUACUUGUAACCUUAACACUCUCUGCAGGUGUUUAGAUGGAUUUCAGCCCAAAAACCUGGAUGCCUGGCGUGGCUUAAACUUUUCAGAGGGUUGUGUUCGAUCUACUGAAUUGAUUUGUAGUGAUAGAAAUGCUUUUGUACCGCAUUCAAACAAGAAAUUGCCGGACACACAUAGAUCAACGUAUAAUUUGAGCAUGAACCUUGAGGAUUGCAAGAAGAAGUGCCUGCAGAACUGCUCUUGUACAGCAUAUGCAAACACAAACAUCACUGGAAAAGGGAGUGGAUGCUUGCUUUGGUUCGGGGGUCUUCUUGAUAUCAGAGAUCAACAACAGAGUGGGCAUGUUUUUUAUGUAAGAGAUGUUGCCUCGGAUUCAGGUUCAGGUAGUAGUUCCACAGCAAGUAGCAGCUCCGGAGCAAGGCGAAUUGUGCUGAUUGCAGUUUUACCCAUUAUAUCAAUUCUGAGCGUGGUACUUGGCUUCUAUCUGUGGUAUAUACGCAAGUACAAGAAGAAAAAUAGAGAAGAACCGAAAGAGGAUGAGAAUGAUAAUGGGGAAGAAGAUUUACCAUCAUUUGACUUCAGGACUAUCGCGAAUGCCACAAACAACUUCUCUAACAAUAAUAAACUUGGUGAAGGUGGCUUUGGACCUGUCUUUAAGGGAAUUCUGGAAGACGGGAAGGAAAUAGCUGUAAAGAAGCCUUCAACGCGCUCCACACAAGGAGUGGAAGAGUUCAAAAAUGAAGUAUCAUGCAUUGCAAAGCUUCAGCACCGCAAUCUGGUCAGGCUUCUCGGUUGGUCCAGCACUGAGGAAGGAGAAAGGAUGUUAGUCUAUGAAUACAUGCCCAACAAAAGCUUAAAUUUCUUUAUAUUUGGAGAUUCAAAACAGAGAGCAUUACUAGAUUGGCCUAAGCGUUACAACAUAAUAAACGGGAUUGCUAAGGGGCUGCUUUAUCUUCAUGAAGACUCCAGAUUAAGGGUCAUUCAUCGAGAUCUCAAAGCUAGCAACAUCCUUCUUGAUUAUAAUAUGAAUCCAAAAAUCUCAGAUUUUGGCAUGGCUAGAAGUUUCGGAGAUACUGAAACAGAAGCAAACACUGCGAGGGUGGUCGGAACAUACGGCUACAUGUCCCCUGAGUAUGCAAUUGAAGGAGCCUUUUCAGUUAAAUCGGAUGUUUAUAGCUUUGGUGUGCUUAUGAUAGAGAUUGUGAGUGGGAAGAAAAGCAGAUUCUUCAAUCAUCCAGGCCACAACCUGAAUCUUAUGGGCCAUGCAUGGAUGAGCUAUAAAGAAGACAAGCUUUCGGAACUAAUUGAUGAAUCGAUCUGGGAGUCAGUUGACCAAUCUGAAGUGUUUCGAGUUAUUCUGAUUGGAUUACUAUGCGUCCAACAAUAUCCAGAAGACAGACCGAACAUGUCGGCUGUACUCAUGAUGUUGACUAGUAACAUUUCGCUGCCUCAUCCGAAACAACCUGGAUUCUUCACCGAAAGAAAACUUGAUGAAGAGUAUAAUUUGUCAGGCAAUGAAGCAGAUGCUUUCUAUAACUUGCUUGACUCGUCUUCAUCAAACCAAACUGUUACAGGCGUUGAACCUCGAUAGUGUUCUAAAUUGUGUAUUGCCUUAGAUUUUUGUUUUCAUGUAAUCACACAAGACUGGGAAUUUUAAAUCUUAAUUAAACGCUACAAUUUGUGACU